CAUCCAAUCCUCAGACCGAGUACGAUCGUCAAACUGUUUGGAGACGCGCUACUCAAUUCGAAACUAUUAACGACUAAACCGAACCACUUUCGUUUAAUAAUCGAAGCUUCUCAACGAUUUACAUUAAAUCCAAAACAAAAUUAAAAGUUAAUCAGUAUUUUUAAAAAAGUAAUGACUGUACUAAACAUGAUCAGUGUUACGACUUAUUUGCUCCUGGUCGGAGCUCUCGCGGUUUUCGUCCUAAUUUUGAUCGACCGCGAGGCCAGAGCCAAAAAAAAGAAGACACGCGCCCGCGUUUACAUCAAUCGGGGUGACAGAAUCGAAAUUCUCAAGCAAGCUCCCGGUCCCGAGCCCUGGCCGAUUCUGGGAUCGCUUUACAUCCUCGCGAAAUACGACGUGCCCUACAAGGCAUUUAGUGUACUCGCUGAAAAAUACAACAGCCAGGUGAUUAAAAUAAAACUCGGUUCACUUCCGUGCAUUAUUGUUAAUGGAUUUGAUAAUAUCAAAGAGGUUUUGUUCACUCGAAAUUACGAUUUUGACUCACGCCCAAAUUUUGUGAGAUACAACCGACUUUUUGGUGGCGACAAAGGCAACUCAUUGGCCUUCUCAGAUUGGACAGAGCUGCAGAAAUCUCGUCGCGAGAUGCUCCGCAACCAUACAUUCCCGCGUGCCCUCACUUACAGGUACCACGAGUUGAAUGUAAUGAUUGCAUCGGAAGUGGAAAACCUGUUGGCUCACCUUGACAGACCACUCGAUACGAUGAAGGUCGCGGUCAAACCACUGGUACUUAGCACAUGCGCCAAUAUAUUCACCGGUUACUUCUGUGCAAGACGAUUUGAUUGGUCGGACAACGAUUUUCGUCGGAUGAUUGAAAACUUUGACGGGGUCUUCUGGGAAGUAAACCAGGGAUACGCUGCCGAUUUUCUACCAUUCUUGAUGCCCUUCCACCGCAAAAACCUGGACCAAGUCGCGGAAUAUACCCACGAGAUCAGGGAGUUCGUCGUCGAUAAGAUCGUCAGCGAGAGGAGACGGAAUUGGGCGCCAGUGAGUGAUAGCAGUGAGGAGGCCUGUUAUCUGGACAAUUUGAUCGAGCAUAUACAGAGCAAGGCUUCACCUGAGAUGUCCUGGGACACUGCCCUGUAUGCCCUGGAGGACAUAAUCGGCGGUCAUGCUGCGAUCGGGAACCUGCUGGUCAAAGUCUUUGGAUUUUUGGUCAAUCAUCGGCAUGUCCAGGAACGGGCGCAGAAGGAAAUCGAUUCGCUGCACAUUGUUGAGAACACUGUUGGGCUGGAGCACAAGAAAAGUCUUCCGUAUGUCGAAGGGAUCAUCCUGGAAGCCGUCAGACUCGUCGCCAGCCCGAUUGUGCCCCAUGUCGCGAACAAGCACAGUUCUGUUGCUGGAUUCAGCGUCGAAAAGGACACUUUCAUUUUCCUGAACAACUACGAGCUGAACAUGAGCAAGGAAUUGUGGAAGGACCCAGAGUCGUUUGAUCCCCAGAGAUUCAUCACUUCCGAGAACAAAAUCCUCAAGCCAGAGUACUUUCUUCCGUUCGGCGGUGGCAGAAGGUCUUGCAUGGGCUACAAAUUAGUACAUUACGUGAGUUUUUCAGUCCUCGCGAGUGUCCUAAAAAAUUUCACGAUUCUUCCGGUGGAAAAUCAAGUGUACAAAGUACCGGUCGGAAGUCUAGCGUUACCAAAAGUUACAUUUAACUUCAGGUUUGAGAGACGAUGAAGUUAAAUACAAAUAUUAAUAUAUAUAUAAAAAUAUAUAUAUACACAUAUAUGUAUUUUUAUAUAUUAAAUGAUGCAUUUACUUAAAAUGAAGGCUCAAAGAAAUUAUCUAAAUGAAAUUAUUAGAUGUAAAUUAGCCAAUUUUAUUUCAAUUAUCAAUGAUUUUUAUUCAUUGAUCCAUGACUGUUUUAGUUUUUAAUUUUAUAUAUUAUAUAUACUCAGAUAAAAAUACUCGGAUAUGAUCAUAUAUCAUCAUGUUCUAAACCUUAUCAGGCAUUAUCAUAUUUAUAAUGAGACUUUAUAAGUUUAAAUCUCAUGUGAUCAUAUGUAACAAUAUAUGAUCAUAUCUGAUCAAUUUCCAAUUAAUGUACGAUUUUACUUUAUAUUGUACAUGAUCAGAUAUGACCUAUAUGAAUUUGAACCUGAUUAUAUGACGAUAUCUGCUCACAUAUGACCACACCUGAUCAUAUAUGACCAUACCUGCUCAUAUAUGGCCAUUUAUGAUCAGGUAUGGCCUAUAUGGAUAUGAGUCUGAUCAUAUAUGGUCACACCUGAUCAUAUAUGACCAAACCUAAUCACAUAUUACCAGGUAUGGCCUAUAUGGAGGUUAACCUGAUCAUAUAUGACGACACCUGCUCAUAUAUGGUCACACCUGAUCAUAUAUGACCAAACUUGAUCACAUAUGAUCAGUUAUUGCCUAUAUGGAUGUGAACCUGAUCAUAUAUGAUGACACCUGCUCAUAUAUGACCACACCUGAUUACAUAUAAUCAAACCUGAUCACAUAUGAUCAGGUAUGGCCUAUAUGGAUGUAAACCUGAUUAUAUAUGAUGACACCUGCUCAUAUAUGACCACACCUGAUUAUAUAUGACCACACCUGAUUAUAUAUGACCACACCUGAUCAUAUAUGACCAUACCUGCUCAUAUAUGACAAUGUAUGAUCAGGUAUGGUCCAUAUGGAAGUGAGCCUGAUCAUAUAUGAUCACACCUGAUUAAAUAUGAUCAAACCUGAUCACAUAUGACCACAUAUGAUCAGAUAUGAUCAUAACUGAUGUCAUAAAUCAUAUAUGAGUUGAAACUGCGCAGGCAUAAAAAAUAUGAUCAUACCUGAAAUGAAAUAUGAUCAGGUUUUUAUUAGAACCUACUUAAGUAUGAUCAUAUAUGAUCAGAUAUAAAUAUGAACCUGAUCAGGCACACAAAUAUAUAUCAUAUAUGAUCAUAUUUAUCCAUAAAUCAAGAUAUAUGAUCAAUGGUCAUAUAUGAUCAUAUCUAAGUAUUUUUUUCCGAAAAAAAAAUUAUAUAUAUACAUAUAUAUAAUUCAUUCAUAUAACAUUUAUUCAUCGUUAAAUUUUCGCCGUCAUCAUGUGUGAAUUACUUAAUAAAUAAUUUAUUUCUUCUGAGACGAGAGAAAAAAGAAUGAACUUAAUUUUAAUAAAUAUAUAGAUCAUAAGUUAAGUAAAUCCUGUGCUUUUAUAAAUUUUCAGU